GGCCAAAAUAGACCUUUUAUUUUUACUUGAAAGCAUUUGAUUAACUUUCGAAACUUAUUUGGGGGAUUUUCAAGUAACUGCAUAGUCUCUAUGUAAGGUAUGGUUCACACUUGUAAAAUGAAGUUGCUAGAAUCAAUCAAGCCAGUACAUCAGUGUAGUUCUUUGUAAUGACCACUAUAUUUUACAUCCACUUUAUUUCACUCACUUCUGUUUUGGAGAUAUAUUGAAACACUUUUGGGUUACUACAGAAAUAGGACUUAAAAUUCAAUAUUUUUUAAAAGUGUAACAUGACCUCGGCCCAGUGGAAGAGUGUUGUAAUGCAGGUUUGUGUCAGUUACAUAACAUUAAAAUAUUCUGAUUUUGUCAGUUUCUAAAAAUUUUGAUGAGUGGAUGGUCCAGUUUAGAGGAGUAACAGUUUAUAAGUUAGAGGGCUCUUAAGGAAUUUUACCUUUAGUGCUCAGUUGCUAUCAGGGUCCAUUUUUUUAUGAUUAUGCACUUACACAGUGAUAGAUCAAUCUCAAGACAGAUGCUUUUAAAUUUGAUUUUAAAAAGAAAUCUGGACACAGAGAUGAUUUUAAAGUAUGCCUUUUUACCAACAGUGGUUCAUUUUAAAAACAGUGCCAGGUUUUUGCCAAGAUCAGUGUUUCCUCAAAAUGAAGAUUAAAAAUAGAUUUUGUAAUGUGCUCUACAUAGGUUCUUAAUUAAUUUUGAGCAGUUAUUUAUCUAAAGGAAAUAAACUGUGAAUAAAUGCAUGUUUACCAAAAUGGCUGUUUACAGUGCAUUUAGUUCUGAUAUUUAUAAAGUUGACAUUUCACAGAAUAAUUUUAAAAUAGUUUGUAAUUCUAUAUGGUUUAGAUCAGUCAUACAUGAAGACAAGAAAAAUGUGCAAUAUUUUUUAUGUAGAUGAGCUAACUGAAGUGUACCCAACUAAGAAUUACUGAGUAUUUGUAAUAGAUAAGUUGUAUAACAUUUUCAUAUCUUAAAAUGUUUUUUAGAUCAGUCUUCGAGUGAAAUACUAUUUUCAAAAUAAAAUUAUACAGAAAAAUUCUACUGGCUAUGAUACACACAUUUUUGCACAAAAUAUAAACUGUAGUCAAUAAUAGUAUUUGACAGUUUUAUCUACUCUGCCAUGAUUUGCAAGUUUCAUAUCAUUUAAACUGUUGAUUAAAAAAUGACAAUCGUGAAUAGUAAAUAUCAGUGUUAUAAUUAGGUUCUUGGAUUUUUCAUAUUUUAUGGAAAAUUGAGAGAAUUCACCAUUUCCUUGACUUAGUGUUUGGCAAGGGUGUGUAAAAUAGAGCUUCCAUGAUUUAGGAUUUGAAUGCUAAAACUUACACAUAAGUCAGAUGUGUAACUUAUGAAAUUUUCCUGAAAUGACACCACUAGAAAAUUAAUACAUUUUUGAGCUAAUCAUUAGUCUGGCUUGGUCAGUAAAAUCUGUCUUCUUUAAGAAAUUCUUUUUUAAAAAAAUCUAUGUAGUGUAUUAAUCAUACCUGCUUUUGUGGAAUUGGGGAUAAACCACACCAUUAAGAGAAUAAAAAUGUAAUUUGGAAAAGGUAAUUAUAAGAUUUGUUUCAGGCCCCCAAAAUAUAAAUAAAGAUUGGUGUGGAAUUUCAGUGUACUUGUUUUCUGCCAUUGUAAAAUAAAAGAUCUUCUUAGUUGUUAGUAUCUUAGUUAUUAGUGUGGCAUAAUUUUUCUGUCUUUUUAGUUUGCAUUAUUUUACUUCCUCAAAGACAUGAAUUGUAAUAAUGGUAGGUGAGUUCUUAAAAUUUUAUUUGGAAACUUUUGCAUCAGAAUUAUAUUAGUUCCAAACUUAAUGGAAUACUGCCUUAUGACCACCUUUACAUUCAAACUUUUUCUUCUGCAUAUUUUAAUUUAUUGAAUUUUGUAAAAUUUUGUAAAACUACUUUGUAAUAAGUAUAGUUAAUGGAAGUAAUUUGACUUGCUGGCAUGCCCUGGCUCUGCUAAUUUAAUAUGUUGGACAAAUCAUUAAAUUGCUGUGGGCCUCAACUUUUCUUAAAGGAAUGAAAUAGUCUCUAGGGUAUUUGGCACUUUUAAACCUUAAGUUCUUAACUUUUUUGUUCAUUUGUUUUUAUCUUGCUUUAUUUUGACUUUUUUAUUUUUUAAUUUUUGGUCUGAGACAGGGUUUCACUAUGCAGUUUAGGAUGGCCUUGAGUUCACUUUAUAACCCUGAGUGCUGGAAUGACAGAUGUCCACCAUUAUGACUUUAAAAAAAAUUAUUGGUAUGUAGUGAUGUAAUGGUCGUAUUCAUCAUGGGGAAUUUGUGCCUGUACAUGAUAUAUCUUGUGUUUCCCCCCAACCCCUCUCCUCUCUUCAACUCCCCUUCCUUAUUUACAUAAGCAUUGUCUGCAUUUUUUUCCAUUUAAAAGUUUUCCUUCUUUUCCCCCGCCCCAUCCCUUGUUCCCUUUCUCAUUUGAAUUGUUCUUUCCAUUUCCUAGUAUCUAUUACACAUUUUGGUCUUUAUACUUUUGCUUUCUCAACUAGAGAAUGUUUUAUUAGUCUGAAACACACGACAUGAAUUAAACUUGUAACAUAAAGGUUUGUUGGAUAUCAUAUAAGAGUUUAACAUACACUGCUUCAACCCUGCCAUAUUCUAAUUAUGAUGGUGCACAAUUAUAAUUUUAAUUGCCAGUUUAUGUGGGGUUUUUUGGUUUUUGGGGUUUUUUUUGGGGGGGUACUGGGGAUCAAACUGACAACUUUGUGCUUGCCAAACAGGCGCUUAGGCCACUGAACUAAUAAAUCCAUUGCCCUGAAUAAGAAAAUUCUUGGGGCUGGGGAUUUAGCUCAGUGGCAUAAGUGCCUGCCUUGAAAGCAGGUAGUCAUGAGUUCGAUCCCCGGUACCGAUAAAAAGGAAAAAGACCAAAAAAAAAAAAAAAAAAGAAAAUUCUUUUGAAGAGAGAAAAUUAACUGAUAGAGCUAUUUACCUUUUUUAAAAUAUAAAAUAAGUGAUAAGUAGAUGUUACAAGUUUUGUAGCAAAAUCAAUGUAGACUACACCAUGUUUAUAGAUGAGACCAGAGGUGGUCUGGAAAAUAUCAUUAACACUAGCCUGUGUUCCAGCCAACAGUUUAAAACUUGGGCUUAAAGGUUAUUGAACAAGUUUUGAAAAUUACUAUGAACUAGUUUUGUGUAUCUGGGUCAAACUAGUUUUGGGGAUUAAAAAGCUUUUGCUGCUUAUUCAAGCAAAUCAUUUACUGCUUUAGUUGAUGAACAGAAAGUAUAGUGAAGGCCCUGAAACCCAGUGGGAUGUAGUAUAUUCAAAGAGAAUACAGUAAAUUAAGUCCUUAAAUUUUAUUUAAUCAUAUUUGGACUUGCUAGCCUGGUGUGGUGGCUCACACCUGUAAUCCCAGCACGCAGAAGGCUGAAGCAGGAGGAUCAUUGUGAGCCCAAGACCAGCCUGAACUGCACAGUGAGACUGUGUCUCAAAAGACAAAAAAAUUUUACUUAAUCAUAUUUGGACUUUAGUUUUUCUUUGACUCAGUCACAACAAAUACAUAUAUAACAUGGUAAUUUCCUCCCAUUUGUUUUUAGCAGUUUUCUGCCUUUAUUGGAGAAAUGGUCAUGUAUCUAAGGAGUGGUGGCUCUCAAGAGUAGAUAUAGAGUAGAAAAGUUUGCACCCAGUAUUGUAGGUGAGGAGACAAAGUAAUAAACAUUACUAAUUCAAGGAGCUGUUUACCUGUUUGACCCUGCUUGUUGAAAAUACAGUAUUUAAUGUUGGAAAUUUGUAAUCAUUCUUGUUGAGGAGAAGCCAUCUUAUACGUUCACAGGCACAAUGUUACCGAUCACAGUUCUAGCUAGCUCUGAAUGAAGUUUGCUAAUGUCCUCUGCUAUAUUACAUCCUGCUCAAUAUACUAAGUCACAUGAAAAAAUGCUGAAAAUUGGGCUCUGUCCCUCUGAUAUUUGAAUGUCUUAGAAGGGAAACAGCCCUACCCUUGAAAAGUUCUUCCAUUAAGCUGCAGAAUCUGUUUUAGGAGGAUAAAAUAUCCUUAGGAAGAUGUUAAAGAUGAACUAGGUCAUGGUUUAACGGCAUGGAAUAGUGACUUAUCUACUGUGAUCACGAGGCUUGAGAUCAUGUAAAGUUAGGCAGCACAGAGGAUCUUAAAGGUUAUUUAUAGUGUUAGGGAUGUUAUCUUCGUUGUAUUCACAGUGUGUAUAGAUCUUGAACGUGAAAGCUAACCAGCCAUUCAGUAAUCCAGUUAUAAAAAUAGCCUGUAGAGGGCGCGAAAGGGUCUCGGAACCUUUCAGUUGGGGCUCUUUUGCGAGAGGGACCGGAAAAGGACGGAUUCUUCGCCGGGAUGUGGGGAAGCCGGAGGCUGAGCUCCUCUGGGGGUCAUUUCUUAGGAGUUGUCGGGUCUGGGUGUCGGGUCGGACGAGCAGAACGACCUCGCUUAGCUUCGUGGGCAGUUUAUUCAGAUAGCCAGCUCAUUUGGACUUUACAAAAUAAACCAUGGAUUUUCAGUGAACACAGAACUGUGUGUUUCAAAUCCUGUAGGAUGACCUUUUCCUCUUUGAAUAGAAUUAAAAGUUACUGGCCACCUUUGACCAGACCAUACAGUGCUGCCCACACCACGGUUGACAGCAGUGAGGUGAAAACCUUCCUGGCCCUGGCCCACAAGUGGUGGGAUGAGGAGGGUGUCUACGCGCCGCUCCAUUCUAUGAACGACCUGAGGGUGCCAUUCAUUAGAGACAAUCUUUUGAAAACAAUGGCUAAUCACCAUCCUGGCAAACCUUUGUCUGGCAUGAAGAUUCUUGAUGUUGGCUGUGGUGGUGGAUUAUUAACUGAACCUCUAGGGCGUCUAGGGGCUUCAGUGUUUGGAAUUGAUCCUGUGGAUGAAAAUAUUAAAACAGCACAGCACCAUAAAGCGUUUGACCCAGUCCUGGAUAAGAGGAUAGAAUAUAAAGUGUGUUCCCUGGAAGAGAUUGCGGAAGAGACUGAAGAUACUUUUGAUGCUGUUAUAGCUUCUGAAGUUGUAGAACAUGUGGCUGAUCUAGAAACAUUUAUACAGUGCUGCUGUCGAGUGUUAAAACAUGGUGGGUCUUUAUUCAUCACUACAAUCAACAAAACACAGCUGUCCUAUGUCUUGGGGAUUGUGUUUUCAGAGCAGAUUGCAGGGAUAGUUCCAAAAGGUACUCACACGUGGGAGAAGUUCAUUUCACCUGAAAAGCUAGAGAGCAUUCUGGAAUCAAAUGGUCUAUUAGUUCAGACCGUGGCAGGAAUGAUCUACAACCCCUUCUCAGGUCACUGGCAUUGGAGUGAAAAUACCAGCCUUAACUACGCAGCUCAUGCUGUGAAAUCUAUGGCAGCAGACCACUUGGGGCCUGCUGACUUUGUUUCCAAGGAGGAAACAGAAGCACCUCAGGCUGAGGCUUCCACCAUCUCACAGGUGCAUGAAGAACUCAAGGAAUGAACUUUUCUGAAGACUACAGUAAUAUGACCUGAAACUGAUGCUUAUAGUUUUAAAAAACAUCUUUUGACAAAGAUCAUGAAGAAAAGGUUAAUAAAAAAAGUUAAAUCCUUGGACAAAAAAGUCAUCUGAUAGCUACUUUCAAGGAUUUCUAUGGAAAAAAAAGGUUUUUUUUCCUUUGGUACAAGGAUCGAACUCACGACCUCAUGCUUGCCAGGCAUCUAUGAAUAAAAAGUUUUAUGAAGUUGUAUUUAAUCUAGAUGUUCACAUCUAGGAUUCCUCAUCUUUGUUAUAGAAAUAGGAAGACUAUAUUUCAUUUUCUCUUAUUGAUUACAUAUGUAUUUUUCCAGUAAAUAUGCUAUUACUUAAUUUAAUAAGUUUACAACAGUGUUCCUCUUUAUUUGAUUUUAGUUAAAACCAGUUAUACUUUUAACUGAUGAAAAUCAAAUGUAGUUUUUGGAAGUUUUUGUUUCCGUUUUUGUGAGACGAGGUCUCGCUAUGUAGUUCAUGCUGCCCUUGAACUCCUUCCGUAGCCCAGGCUGACCUCAGACUCGUGGUGAUCCUUCCGCCACCUCCUGGUGCUGCCGUUACAGACAUGCCCCACCACACUCAGUGCAGAGGUAAGUUUAUAUCACUUGUAUUUAGGAAGAUAAUAUUUUUUCCUUUAAAUUUCACUUUAUUGGAAGUAAAAUGCAUUGUUGAAUAUGUAGUAAAUUUGGAUUCAAGUACUGAAAUCAAGAGCUGGGGAUUUAGCUCAGCGGCAUAAGCACCUGCCUUGCAAGCAGGCAGUCGUGAGUUCGAUCCCGGGUACCGAUAAAAAGGAAAAA